ACAACCCUUGCUAUCCUGGCAAUGAUAUUCGAAGCUAACGACCGACGAAGACUGCCAGCUUGUCCGGUCAUGGAUCAACAUCUCUCAAGAUGUGUCCAAGGGUAGUACUCAUCACGCAUCACCACACCGUCCAUGAUUCGUUCAAACAGCGGUCUGGCCAUUCGAAAUUGAUGGCGAAACUUGGCUUCGCCGUAGAUUGGAUUUGGGUCAAAGUAGUAGGUAAAUCCGAGCAUGCGCAGCCUCGCUAUCUCGUGGUAGGUCUGGCUGGCGGUUGGCAAUAUAGCCUUUAGGGCGCGCAGAAGACUGAUGAAAGCCAAGAAACUCCCAAGCUUGAUCCAUGUCAUCAUCGUCGUCCUCCCACGCCAUCGCGCCAGGUUCAUUUCCGGAUAAUAACAUUAUUCGGAUGUUUUACAGUUUUACCCGGGUUGACAAAAAUCAAAAUACAGGAACUGUAAAACGGUAUUUUACAGUCUGAUUAUACAGUCGCACCGGUGGGGAUGCCCUAAAUGUGCCGAAUACGAAAGCCGCGAGCCCCCUUCUUGCAACCUGCCGACGCCGCCACCUCCACGUGCUGGCCCUCCUAUUGUCCGUACCGACGCUGGAUGUGAAUACGCUUCAAAAGAGACCCGAAUUUGCAUUGACGAUUGCAGCCGACCAACAGUGGCUAGAAGGCGUGCAGUUGCUCAUGGCACGCCCCGAUCUGCACGUGAACGUUCAAAAUCCAGAAGGGCGGACAGCACUAUCGAUUGCCGCGGGGGCCAAUAACGUUCCGAUGAUGGAGGCAUUGUUAGCCCAACCAGACAUCCUCGUCAACACGAUCGAUUCCGCGGGGCGCACGGCGCUGCAUUUUGCAGCCACGACGGGCCACUACCAACCCGUGACUUUGCUUUUGAACCGCCAAGACUUAUGGAUGAAAAAUACCGCGUUGGUCCUUGCAGUCCAGAGUAACGACGUGGCGUCCGUGGACGCAUUCCUCUUGCGUCCAAGCUUGAAUGCGGUCGUGGUCGAUAUGUUUGGCAUGACCCCACUCAUGUGGGCUAUCCGCGAACGCUAUACGUCUAUCGUCACCCGCCUCUUGUCCUGCGCUGCUGUGGUGGACAACAUCAAUCUCAAGUCAAAGGAAGAGAACACGGCACUGAUGAUUGCGUGCAGGAGAGGCAAUGUCGACGCCGUCAACUUGGUGCUUGCGCUACCUACCGUGGACGUGCACCUUCAAGGCAGAAAGGGGUGCACGGCGUUGGGGCUUGCCGCGAUGCACGGGCGCACAGACAUCGUCCACGCCCUGCUUGGCUAUCCCGACAUUGCCCUCAGCAUGAAUGCCGUGUCGCCAGGCGGCUCCACUCCCUUGUUCAAUGCAUGUAAAAAUGGCCACCAAGACAUUGCAAAGCUCUUCCUAGCGCAUCCAAGCAUCAACCUCCACGCCGAUGUCGACCAGUCGCCGUUGUACAUUGCGGCUAGCCAAGGACGCACGCAAAUUGUGGAGCUACUUCUACAACGGGCGUGCUACCCAGUCAACCAACCGUCCAGAAACUACGCCUACACAGCAUUACAUGGUGCGGCGAGGGGCGGGUACAUCAAUGUGGUCAAGUUACUGCUGGACCAACCUGGCAUCGAUAUCAACUUCCUCAAUGACGACGGCCAAACGGCCUUUCACGAAGCCGCCAAGGAAGGCCACGACGGUAUUAUCGAGUUGUUCCUUCAGCAUCCACAGUUGCAUUCGAUCAACUUGCAAGACGUGAACCAAUGCACGGCAUUGCGGCUAGCUUGUCAUGGCGGAAAUUCCAGUGUCGUGAUGAUCCUCUUGAAGCGCAACGACAUUGACGUCAACUUGCCCUGCAGCGGUGGCAACUCGCCGCUCAUGGCUGCAGUCAUGGUCGAUGAUGUCGACAGUGUAUCUAGUUUGGUGCGGCAUCCCCACAUUCAAGUGAACCAUCGCAACUAUCAACAAGACACGGCAUUGCUAUUGGGGGCAAGUUCGGCCAUCAACGUAUUGCUAGAGCACUUGCUCAGCCACCCUGACAUUGACAAGACGGUUCAAAAUGUGGGGGUUAAUGGCGAGAACAGCUACAAGAUCCCUCGGAGCGAUGUGACUGAGGAUGACGCGAUUGCAUUGGAAUUGAUGGAUACGCUCCUGGAAGCAGAGGAUCGCAUGAGCCAUGCCUGUGACCUGAUGCAGGUCAUGGUAGUAGUGAAAGGGGAGGGUUCUGACUCGACCCUAACUAGGCUUCCUGGUGAUUCGUAA